UUUCCGGCGUUCAAGAUGUCGAAGCGAGGACGUGGUGGGUCCUCCGGUGCGAAAUUCCGCAUUUCCCUGGGUCUUCCGGUAGGAGCCGUGAUCAACUGUGCUGACAACACAGGAGCCAAAAAUCUGUAUAUCAUCUCUGUGAAGGGCAUCAAGGGACGAUUGAACAGACUUCCUGCUGCUGGUGUGGGUGACAUGGUGAUGGCCACAGUGAAGAAAGGCAAACCAGAGCUCAGAAAGAAGGUACAUCCAGCAGUGGUAAUUCGACAACGAAAGUCAUACCGGAGAAAAGAUGGUGUGUUUCUCUAUUUUGAAGAUAACGCGGGGGUCAUAGUAAACAAUAAAGGUGAAAUGAAAGGUUCUGCCAUCACAGGACCAGUGGCAAAGGAGUGUGCAGACUUGUGGCCCAGGAUUGCAUCCAAUGCCGGCAGCAUUGCAUGAUUCUUUGGUGUGUUUGU